AUGCCGCGACGCCUGCAGCCCCGGGGCGCGGGCACAAAGGGCGCGCCCGCCACGGCCGCGGCGGCUUCGCGGACCACCCCCCAGCCCCAGCGCGCCGCCGCCGAGCCGCCAGCGUCGGCCAAGCCGCUGCUGCGCUGGGACGAGGUUCCCGACGACUUCGUGGAGUGCUUCAUCCUGUCCGGCUACCGGCGGCUGCCCUGCACGGCGCAGGAGUGCCUGGCCUCGGUGCUGAAGCCGACCAACGAGACGCUCAACUUCUGGACGCACUUCAUCCCUCUGCUGCUCUUCCUGAGCAAGUUCUGCCGCCUCUUCUUCCUCAGCGGCCGCGACGUGCCCUUCCAUCACCCGUGGCUGCUGCCCCUGUGGUGCUACGCGUCGGGAGUGCUCCUGACCUUCGCCAUGAGCUGCACGGCGCACGUGUUCAGCUGCCUGUCGCUGCGCCUGCGCGCCGCCUUCUUCUACCUGGACUACGCGUCCAUCAGCUACUACGGCUUCGGCAGCACGGUGGCCUACUACUACUACCUGCUCCCCGGCCUGAGCCUGCUGGACGCCAGGGUCAUGACGCCCUACGUGCAGCAGCGCCUGGGCUGGCACGUGGACUGCUCGCGCCUCAUCGCCGCCUACCGCGCGCUGGUGCUGCCCGUGGCCUUCGUGCUGGCGGUGGCCUGCACGGUGGCUUGCUGCAAGAGCCGCACCGACUGGUGCGCCUACCCGUUCGCGCUGCGCACCUUUGUCUUCGUCAUGCCGCUCAGCAUGGCCUGCCCUAUCAUGCUCGAGAGCUGGCUCUUCGACCUGCGCGGGGAGAACCCCACGCUCUUUGUGCACUUCUACCGUCGCUACUUCUGGCUGGUCGUGGCCGCCUUCUUCAACGUGAGCAAGAUACCCGAGCGCAUCCAGCCGGGCCUCUUCGACAUCAUUGGCCACAGCCACCAGCUCUUUCACAUCUUUACCUUCCUCAGCAUCUACGACCAGGUGUAUUACGUGGAAGAGGGCCUGCGCCAGUUCCUCAAGGCGCCACCUGCCGCGCCUACCUUCUUGGGCACGGUGGGCUACAUGCUGCUGCUGGUGAUCUGCCUGGGGCUGGUCAUCAGGAAGUUCCUAAACGUCUCCGAAUUCUGCUGUAGGAAGUGAGCCUUCGCCUUGGACGAGGCAGUUGGUUCACCCACCUGUUUGUUUGGAGUUACUGUUGUUGUUGGUCUUGUUGGUUUGUUUUCAAGAUUUGUUGUGUUUCCUUCUUUGUUCGAGGAGGGUGCUGCAAAACCACAGGGGGAAAGCCCAUCUGCCACAAGGGGACUCCAGGGCGCUUGGGGCUUUGGAAGAGGGACCAAGAGGGUCAAGUAGGAGGGAGAGAGCCACUGGUUUUUGCCCCUGGAAAAAUCUCAGGUGGUGGUUUGGAGAGCCUGUGACAUCCAGUGAUUUUCAAAGGCAGCAAAUAAAAUCCCAAAUAAAACCCCAAACAGUUGGCUUUUCCCAUCGUCUUCUGUGCCAGUGGUAAUAACAAGUAGCCCUCUGAGUCAGGUAUACAGGAAAGAAGGUAAAUAGACAAAAUCCUCCGAUAGUUCCAUUUCAGUCUGAGGAAGCUUGGAUUUGUGGAAAGAAUGGAGCUUUGUAGGAGCCGGGCACAAAGACACAAACCUAGGGCUUAGCUUGCUAGAAAAUGCAUGGAAUGUGAACACAAGUCAGUUAUUUCAAACGUUUCUCAGAUGUUAUUUAAAUAGUAAUAUAUACAAUGAUUUUUCAUAAUUUAUAUGAAGCCUGUGGUAUGCACUGAAUUUUCUUUGUCACAUUGUUUUGAAUUUUGCAGCCCUUCUGCAUUGCGCGCGUACACUUGAACUGGACGACAGGGCAAAGCUGCUGGAGAGUUCUCAACUACUUUUUUUUAAAACAGUGUUUUCUGAAGGCCUCCGUGUGUUAUGCUACAACUUUGAAUUAUUCUGCCUAAGGGAUUUCUGGUUAAACUAUUGAUGAGGAGGUCGAGAGGUCUGUAUAGAUCCCAGAUUCCUGUUUAAUGUAUUCCGCAAAACCCACCCUGUUUUGUUGUUGUUUUGUUUUAAUCUUAUUCUUCCCUCCUCUACUUAUUUAAAUCGCCGCUGGAAUAAAUGUGCCUUUUGAAGCAA